AUGUAUUCCUUCACAGUUGUUGCGUUACACUUGGGCAACUACCAGUCUGCUCUGCAUCCUUUAUCAGUGUUGAGCAGCAGCGAUGUUGAGACUUGCAUCAUUGUGGGUUUGAUGAAAGCAGAGCCAUGUUGCCUCCACAGUGUCUACAACCCAGGUGGUCCCCUCUGCUGCUUUGCAUACUCCCCGUCCUAUCAGCAGCUCUACGACACAGAGAUUCUUGUCCAUUCUUUACCCCUUCGAGCCUCAGAUCUGCCUGCAGACCCUCACCGUGGACCCUCUGAAGAUGACCAGGAGUUUGCAGAGGCAUAUUUAAAGCACUUCUAUGGCUACAAGCCCAAACUGGAGAGGAGGAAGAGGACCGCCGGCGCCAGGGCCGAUGCCGAUUGGUCGACAGGACUCUGUGAUAAAGUCAAAGAGAUGCAGCACUUCUUUGGUUUACCUCAGAGCGGAGAGCUGACCGAUGAAACGCUGGCAGUGAUGAAGAGGCCGCGGUGUGGUUUGUCAGACGUCGAACCGUUUGGAGAGACUAUCCGCUGGAAGAAGAGCCAGCUCAGCUACAGGAUUGCUGGGGAACAGCUCCCCAUCCCAGUGUCUCGGGUUCAUAAGGCCUUCAGGGCGGCGUGGAAGAUCUGGUCCAACGUGACGCCGAUGCGUUUCCGUAAACGCCGCAGAAGAGAGGCAGACAUCGUCAUCUCCUUCCACAGCGGCGAUCAUUACGACGGCUCCCCCUUCGAUGGAAAACAGGGGAUCCUUGCUCAUGCCUUCCUGCCUGGGUUUGGUAUCGGUGGAGAUGUGCACUUUGAUGCUGAUGAAGACUGGAGCUUUAAUUCUACUGGUUUCAACCUGUUCGCCGUCGCUGUACAUGAAUUUGGCCACGCCCUCGGCCUGCCACACUCCUCCGACCCCGGUGCCAUCAUGUUCCCAGCGUACAACUUUGCACCGAACUAUGAGUUGGAACUGUCAUUCCGCGAUGUCAAAGAUGUCCAACAAAUGUACGGUAUUAAUCCCAAUUUCGCUGCUCUGUUCUCCAAAAAGCCUCCUCCAAGAACUCCUGACAAAUGUGACCCAGAUUUGUCAUUUGAUGCCGUGUCAGAAUUACAACAAGAGGUUCUGUUUUUCAAAGACAGAUUUAUGUGGCGAAAACAUCCACAGUUUGAGGAGAUCAGAAUCACUCUGACCAGCAGCCUGUGGCCUGAUGCUAUCCCUCCAUACCUGGACGCCGUCUACGAGAACAGCGCAAAGAACUUAAUCUUGUUUUUUAAAGGUCAUCAGUACUGGAUGCUGAAGCAGUUAACGGUGGAGGAGGGAUUCCCAAAAAACAUCACGGAGCUGGGCUUCCCCCCCAGGAUAAAAUCUGUAGACGCUGCUCUUCACCUCCGCAAAGAACGCUUCACUGUGUUCUUCACCGGCCACGAGUGCUGGAGGUGA